GCACGGUCAGCUGACUUUAGUGGAGCGACUCAGUCCAGGUUCGACCUUCGUUGUUCUGGUCCACUUGUGUGUUUUCUGCUCCGGCCGUCCGCAGCUCUUCUCCCCGGCAUGGCGAGUCAGUCUCAGGGCAUCCAGCAGCUGCUGCAGGCCGAGAAGAGAGCCGCCGAGAAGGUGGCCGAAGCCCGCAAACGUAAGAACCGGCGCCUGAAGCAGGCGAAGGAGGAAGCUCAAGCUGAGAUCGAACAGUACCGCCUACAGAGGGAGAAGGAGUUCAAGACCAAGGAGGCAGCUGCUCUUGGUUCCCAUGGUAACAGCGCAGUGGAAGUGGACCGCGACAUGGCGGAGAAGAUGGCUCGCAUCCAGGAGAGUUACAGCGGUAACCGAGAGGCGGUGCUCAACGACCUGCUGCGGCGCGUCUGCGACAUCCAGCCAGAGUUUCAUGCUAACUACCGUGUGGCAGGCUGAAGGGGCGGAGCAUCACCAGAGGGGCGGGACAGGCAUGUUCCUACUCCGCCUGUAUACUGCAUCCUGAUUGGUUCUUGUUGUCGUUUUCUGUGCUGAUGUUUACGAGGUAUUUAUAUUUCAAAAUAAAUGUUUCAUUACGAUCUUCCUGAAACUAUCAAAAUAAAAGUAUUCUGAGAUGUCUAGCCAAUCAUGUGUCCUGAUUAGCUAGAGGGGGAAAAAAAUUUAACUUUUUGUGUGAAACAGUAUGGUUUCCUGUUUGUAGCCAUGUGACUUCAUGUUGUGUUUGUGA